AUGUUGAGAUAUUCAUUGGCAAAGACAACUUCACAAUUGGUCGGUAGACGUGCCUACUCCACCGGUAAGGACAUCAAGUUUGGUGCGGAAUGUCGUGCUUUGAUGUUGCGUGGUGUCGAGCAGCUCGCUGCCGCCGUCGAGGUAACUCUCGGACCAAAGGGUCGUAACGUCAUCUUGGAUCAGCCAUUCGGUGCACCAAAGAUCACCAAGGACGGUGUCACCGUCGCCAAGCACAUCGAGUUCAAGGAUCGUCACAUCAAUCUCGGUGCUCAACUCGUCAAGGGUGUCGCUUCGAACACCAACGAUAUUGCCGGUGACGGUACCACCACUGCCACCGUCUUGACCAAGGCCAUCUUUGCCGAGGGUUGCAAGGCUGUCGCCGCCGGUAUGAAUCCAAUGGAUUUGUGGCGUGGAAUCAACUUUGCUGUCGAUCGUGUCAUCGAUGAACUCAAAAAGUUGUCACGUCCAAUCAGCACCACCGAAGAGAUCGCUCAAGUUGCUACCAUCUCUGCCAACGGUGACAAGGUCGUCGGUAACCUCAUCGCCGAGGCAAUGGAGAAAGUUGGAAAGGAGGGUGUUAUCACUGUUCAAGAUGGAAAAACAUUAAAGGAUGAAUUGGAAGUUAUUGAAGGUAUGAAGUUUGACCAAGGUUUCAUCUCUAGAUACUUUAUCACUGAUCCAAAGACUCAAAAAUGUGAAUUUGAAGAUCCAUUGAUUUUGUUGGCCGAUACAAAGAUCAAUAAUGUACACUCUUUGAUUCCAGUUUUGGAAGCUGUUCACGCUCAAAGAAGAAAACUUUUGAUUAUUGCUGAAUCGGUUGAGAGUGACGCUCUCACUGCUUUGAUUAUCAACAAAUUGAGAGGUCUCCAAGUUUGUGCUGUCAAAGCACCAGGUUUCGGUGAUAUGAGAAAAGUUCAAUUGCAAGAUCUCGCCGUUUUGACCGGUGGUCAAGUUAUCAGCGAGGAACUCGGUGUCAAGAUGGACAACAUCGAUAUUAAGAUGCUCGGAUCCGCCAAGAAGGUCAGUAUCUCACAGGACGACACCAUCAUCUUGGACGGUGCCGGUGAGAAGUCCGCCAUUCAAGAGCGUGUCGAGUUGUUGCGUGAAUCAAUCAGUCGUACCACCUCAGAGUACGAGAAGGGUAAGCUCCAAGAGCGUCUUGCCAAGUUGGCCGGUGGUGUCGGUGUCAUCCGUGUCGGUGGUGCCAGCGAGGUCGAAGUCGGUGAGAAGAAGGAUCGUAUUGUCGAUGCCUUGAACGCCACUCGUGCCGCCGUCGAGGAGGGUAUCGUCCCAGGUGGUGGAACCGCUUUGCUUUACUCCACUCUCGCCUUACGUAAGAUCAAGAUGGAGAACUUUGACCAGACCAUCGGUGUCAAGAUUGUUCGUGACGCCCUCUUGGUGCCAUGCAAGACCAUCGCCAACAAUGCCGGUGUCGAAGGUUCCGUUGUCAUCGGACGUCUCUUGGCUCGUCGUGAUUUCGAAUACGGUUACAACGCCCAAAAGGGUAUCUAUGAAAACAUGGUACAAGCUGGUAUCAUCGAUCCAACCAAGGUUGUCCGUACUGCUUUGGUCGAUGCCGCUUCCGUCGCUUCGCUCAUGACCACCACCGAAGCCAUGGUUGUCGAACUUCCAAAAGAAUCUUCACCAGCUCCAGCUCAACCACCAAUGGACUAUUAA